CCCGUCCCACCGCUGCCGCGCCCUCUGCGCAGGCGCGGGGCCGCUCGCCACCGCCCCCCCCCUCCGCCCCCCCACCCCGGUCCCGCCGGACGCGGCCCGGAGCGGCGGAGAGCGGUGGAGAAUUACAGAAAAAUGUUCACUUCCCUGGAGCUGACAUUGGCUCUGCGAUGGACUGGUGUCCUGCUGUUACCGGAUCUCCAGGAAACACACGCUGAGCUCACACUGAGACCCCACAGCUGAACAGUUUUUCUUGCAGUGGAAAAUUCUGAGACUUUUUUUCUACUGGCAACAUCUGCUGACUUGUUUGCCUGUGCUAUCUUUCUGCUUGGUAAAAACAUCUUCUUGUUUGAGGUGGGUUUAUCCUUUGCUCUAAGUCAUAAAAACCCCCUUCUAACUAACAUACCCUUUGCCUCCUUGGUUGGCCAGUAAGACUGGCUCAGCAAUUCUUUUCUUCUAUAUCAAAACUUGCUUUCAUUUCUAUUCCUUCUUCAGAUUCUACGUUCAAAAAUCUUUCUGCCAAACAUAUGUAUCUGUGAGUCUUUCUUGUCAAACUUUCAUCCUUCCCAACAGGGACUUCCAGCAUGUGAUUCCAAAACACCCAGAAAAAUCCAAGAGUCCAUCAAUGACUAACUAAAGUCUCUGUUUUCAUAAUUUAUGUGAUUUGCUUCUCGUGGAGCCAUGGAUGAAUACAGCCGUUUUGUGGACUGGGACAAAAUGGAUGUGAGUGCCCAGAGCCAGGAUACGAAAGAGCUCACCUGCACAGACUUACAGGAGCUUAAGCAGCUUGCCCGGCAGGGCUAUUGGGCCAAAAACCACUCUCUGAGAGCCAAAGUGUACCACAAACUCAUCAGCAAUAUCCCAUGCCGUACAGUGACCCCAGAUGCAAACGUGUACCGGGACAUUGUGGUGAAGAUCAUAGGAAAACGCAACAGCAGCUCCCUUCCACUGCCGGAGUUCGUGGACAACAGCCUGAUCCCCACGUACUGCCUGAACGCGGAGGGCGUCGGGGCCGUCAGGAAGAUCAUUCUGUGCAUUGCCAAUCAAUUCCCGGACAUCUCGUUCUGCCCAGCACUGCCCUCAGUGAUCGCACUGCUCCUGCACUACAGCAAGGACGAGGCUGAGUGCUUCGAGCAGGUCUGUCGCAUCCUGGCUUGCAAUGACCCGUCAAAGCGGCUCAUUGACCAGACCUUCCUGGCCUUCGAGUCCUCCUGCAUGACCUUCGGGGACCUGGUGAACAAGUACUGCCAGGCGGCCCACAAGCUGAUGGUGGCAGUGUCCGAGGAUGUGCUGGAGGUGUACUCAGACUGGCAGCGGUGGCUCUUCGGAGAGCUCCCCAUGGCAUACAUUGCGCGGAUCUUUGACGUCUUCCUGGUGGAAGGGUACAAAGUUCUCUAUCGUGUCGCACUGGCUCUUCUGAAAUUCUUUCACAAAGUCAGAGCUGGGCAGCCCAUGGAGUCUGACAGCAUCCAGCAGGACAUUCGAGCCUUUGUGAGGGAUAUCGCCAAGUCGGUGUCCCCAGAGAGGCUCCUGGAAAAAGCCUUUGCUAUCCGCCUUUUCUCUCGGAAGGAGAUCCAGCUCCUGCAGAUGGCCAAUGAGAAGGCUUUGCAGCAGAAGGGCAUCACGGUCAAACAGAAAAGUCUUGCACCUCCCAAAAGGGAGCGAGCUAAGGUAUCCAGAUCCAUGCAGAUGUACAGUAUUGAGGACCCCUUCAUGAUCAUGAAAAAUGUGCACUUGGCAGUUCAUGCUGAGAACUUCAAAUCAGAAAUUGUCAGUGUGAAGGAGAUGCGGGAUAUCUGGUCAUGGAUCCCAGAGCGAUUUGCACUGUGCCAGCCCCUUCUGCUUUUCACCACCUUGGAACAUGGCUGUAGUCUGAGCAGGUUCUAUUCCCACAGCGAGGGACACGAACCAACUCUGCUCCUCAUCAAGACAACAGCGAAGGAGGUCUGUGGGGCUUACCUGUCCACUGACUGGAGUGAGCGCCGGCGAGGAGGGAACAAGCUGAGUUUCUUUGGAACAGGGGAGUGCUUUGUGUUUAGGCUGCAGCCAGAAGUGGAACGCUAUGAGUGGGUGAUCAUAAAACACCCAGAAUUAGCCUCAGCUGGAUCAGAGACAGAAAACCAUGCUCAACCAGCUUCUAGCACCCUUUCCUCCAGCAGCAUCCCCUCAGAUCCUUCAGAUCGCCUUUCUCCCUUCUUAGCAGCUAGGCACUUCAACUUGCCUUCCAAAACAGCCUCCAUGUUCAUGGCUGGCAGCAGUGAGUGCAUCAUUGUAGGAGGUGGUGAUGGCCAGGCUCUGUACCUUGAUGCAGAUCUGAACCACGGGAGAACCAGCCACUGCAACACUUUCAAUAACCAGCCACUGUGUUCUGAUAGCUUCCAGAUCUCCAUUCUGGAGGUGUGGGGCUUCAGGGACACCAUGAAUGGUUGAUGUGACUAUCAUUAAUCAGCUAGUUUUUCUGUUGUCCAAGGUAAAUUCUGAUACAGGAGCUAAGUUAAAACGUCCUUUCUGCUGAGCUCAGUGCUGUGAGUCAUUCCUCAUCAAGUGGUGCACUUGGAUGCAGGCCUAGUCGUUUACUCUUAUUUUAUUUAAGACAUGUCAAGGUGAAGUAAUGUGUCUGGUUUACUGUUUGUUCCUUUACCUCUAGAGAUCUGUAUUCAGGGACUGUUGGUAAAAAGGAAAAUGUGAUGAGUUCAGAGCCAUGCUAGAUGGAUACAGGUCCUAAUCAUGGGAUAGGUUUGAGUCCACAGUUCCUUGGAGGCAUAGCCCUGGCUGAGCUGUGUUGCAGAGCUCUGAGCCACUGGCACCAGUACCUGGCCUGAGCCAGGAAUAUCAAAUGUCUCCUCACAGGGAGCACUGGUGACCUCAGAUCUGACAGAGAAGAGUAAUUCAUAAAAUCGCUGCCCUCCUAUGAGCAGAUGUUGUACAGACAAAUCAGUACCAUUAAGUUAUGAAGCUCUUCAUUCACACCAGAACCAUGAUUGCUGAUCUUCUUGUACCAAAACCUUUGACAUGUUCCAGUUGCAUAUGUUAGAGCAGUCUGCCUCUGAGAAAGGCAUCCAGGCUGGACAGUGAUAUCUCCAAGUCUUGAUUUUGUUUACAUUCCUAUUCCAUAUCAGUAUGAUGACUUCAGAGUGACUCCCUGUGUCAGGCCGCUGAAAGCCAGAGAGUAUCUGCAGUGCUCAGAAAUGUUCAUUUCCUCAUCUUUCCUGGGAGCUGAAAUUAAGCUUUAAAUCUGAGAGUAACUGUGCUGAUAUCCCUGUGUGUUUGGGGAAUUAGACCUGGUGAUAACAGGAACUUAAUCCUCUCCCCUCAAGUACGGAAAGGAAGGCAGGAGGCAAAUCUGGAAGUGAAUGGAUUUUCCAGGAGAACCAGAGGCAACACUGUUUCUCAAAAUGUCUUCCCAGUGAUGAGAUCCCUCCUGAGAAGCUAACAGUUUUCUUCCUGUGUAUUCUGGUAGGGUUUGGGUGAUGAAAAGAGGUUUUGCUCAUUCUUGAACAUUCCUGCAGUCUCUGCAGGCAUGCCCUGUGGCAUGUGAUAUCUGGAGGCAAUUCCCCAGAGUCUUUAUCUGAAAGUUGCACUAUCUGUUGUGGAAAUUCUCCCACACGAAGCACAAAUACAUAAACAUCAGUGAGUAGUCUAGAGCAUACAAUAGGAUGCUCAGAGCUUUAGUGAGUAACUCACUAGUAAGAUUUAUCACAACAGGGAAAAUUACAGGAAAGAGAAAUUGCUGAUUUUCCAAACAGUUCAAUCUAAAAAAUCGCUAUAGAGUGGGAUUUUUACCUAAUGUUAUUGCUCCUUAAGCUUGAAGUUCAUUAAAAGAAAAAAUUUAAAUGAAUAAUGUUAAAAGCUAGGCUGGACAGGGUCACAUUCAUAUUCAGAGGUCUGAGGUGAGUUUUUGGUCCUGCUGGCUUGUCCAGCUUGCCAGCCAUAACAGUACCUCGUGGCUUGGGAAAGAGUUGCCUCUUCCAGAGUAUGUGAAUAAACUUGGCAGAAAUAAGAUUUGCUUUUUAAGGUGCCAUUUUGAAUUUUUGUCAAAAUAACUCUUUGAAAAAUUAGCCGGUAUGCAGAACAGUUUAAGAUGUCUUUUGCACCAUUUGUAUUUGCAAUUGGAUUCUCUCACCCUGUCUGAGAGUCAGCAUUGGGCCUUCCUUUCUCCUUCCCACACAAUGAGUUCUGCCCAGUUGUCUUUUCACAGGUUUACCAUAAGCUUGAUAGAACUGCAAGUGGUAAUUCAGUUAUACUGAUAUAUUUUGAUGUGGAAGAACUCAGUCAUAUCUGGCUUUUUGCAAACACUGGCUGAUGCUGCCUUCUAUUUUUCCAAGCCACCCAUGUCUCUUUGCCCUUGUAGGUAUCCCACAAGCUUCCUCAGACAAAAGAAAUUAAGAAAUCACUCAGAAAGUAUAGGUUCUACUUAGUGUAGGUGGGAUUUCCGUUUGGUUUGCAUCUUCUCUUUUGAGCUUGUCUGAGGAGGUGCCCUUGGGAACAAAAAGCAACUCAAAAACAUGAUAGUUAUCAUUUCCAGCUUGUUGUCAGAAAUUCCCCGGAGCUGUGUGUUGGUAGGAUUUGUGAGAGUGUAAUGUUGUACUCCAAAUGAAUACAUUUUAUCUGCAAAAACUUGGCUGCAUCUGGCAGUGUGAUGGGAUUUCCUCGCUCCCAUCCCUGCUGGGUGCAACUAUGUCAAUACCUUGUCUUAAGCCAUAUCUAAGAAACAUUCCUCAGAAACAUGUUCCUUUCCCUGCUCUGUUCUUGGUGCACAGCGAUUUGGGUGUUUAGAAUCUGAAAUAACUCCUGGUUCCUCAGAAACUCAUCAUAGGAUAUCAGUGUGAGAAUCCAAGGAGCAGUACUGGAUGCCAGGCAUGGGACUCGUUUGGCUUGAUGAAGUUCUGUCCUGCCACAGCCACCAUGUGGGACUGAUCUGUGUGGUUCGAACUGGAAUAGCCUGGAUGAGCAAGAAGCAGCAGUAGUCCAGGGAGAGCAGUUCUACAGUGCUGCAGCAACUUCACGCAAUCCUUGUGUUCAGUAAAAAUGGAUAUUCCUUAUCAUGUGCAAGUCCUCAUCUCUCAUUCCUGUUGUGGUUGUGAGACACCUUAGAAGAACAGCGUUUUGACUUAGUUAUCUUUCUAGUAGCAGAGAGGCAUUUUUCCUGUCUGUGCCAUUAGUGGUUGUUGCUGACUAACUGUAUAUCUAAGUUGAAACCCUUUGUUUCAUGCAAAACUCUUGAGAUGGAGGCCACAGGCUGGUUUUGAAGACAAUGACUACAAUGGACACCUUAUCAGAAAGUGGAGUUCUCUCAAGUCAGUUGUUACUUGCAGCUCUGCACACCUGUUGAAGUAGUAUGUAAUCCCUGUUUGUGAACCUGCUGGCAGCAGCAAGAGUGCCAGAGUUAUGGGAUGGGCUUGGGCUGGGAGCUGCGGGCUAGGCAUUGGUCUCACAGUUCUGUGAGAGCAUGUGUGCUUUCCUGAAAAGCUGCUUUUUGCUUUGUCAUAUUCCUUGAAGGCAGAAAAUAUUAGAAACUCCUGACAUCAGAAACCUGACUUCACUGUAAAUGGCAACCAAACUGUUUGCAGGCCAUGGGAACUGUAUCCAGCUGUAGCCAGGCUGGACAGACUUCACUGUGCCUGAGCUGUCUUUCCUGCAGCUCCUGCACUUUGGCACACUCCUUUUUCUGAUACAGCAUGUUAAUCAACCUCCUGUUAAUAGAGACAAAUCAGCCAAGGGAAGGGAAAGAUUCUCAUUUCUUCUCUGUUGACAUAUCUGAAGUCAAAAUGGAGUGGGGGCCAGUACUGUUCUUUGAACAGUUAAACCAUGCCAAUAGACAUCUGUGGUGAGCCACAGAGGGGUGACAUGUGCAGAUCCAUGAACUGCUCUUUGUGUGUGUGUAUUGAAAUUGUGUACCUUUGUCCUUGGAAAUUCAUCCUCAUUUUUGGUGGAGCAUAAUCUUCUCUGCCCAUGGGGACACUGAUGCCACAGUCAGGGGCUGACCCACAGCCGUGGCACUGCAAGAGCUCGGCUCCUGCCAGUGACACUGAGUCCAGCUGUUGGGUACAGCCGAGGCGUGGGCACCUGGCUGUUCUGCAGCUCUGUCAUGGAUUCCAGACUAUUCAUAGUCUAAAUGAAUGUGUGUGUACUAUUCGGGGUGAUAUUUUCUUCAGAUGAGUGCUGAUGUGCUGCUGAGUUGGUUUUCUGCCCUAUCUUGGAAUCACUGCCCUACAUCAAUGGUAUUUUUGUCACUGUGCAGAAUCUUGGGUAUUAAAGGUAUUUGACUCUGGA